CCCUAAAUCAAAAGACAAAAAAAAAGCAACAAAUUGAAAGCUUUCUUCCUCCCCAAGAAACAAUUAAUCCAACAAUACUAUACGAACGACCAAGAUAGCCAUAGACAGAUAGAGAGAUAUAGAGGAUGAAUACAACUACAACAAAAAAUGUAUGCGGGGACAAAUGGUACCUUAACCUAGACAAGCCUGAAGAAGCGUUGAAGGUUCUUGGAUUCAUCGCUAUAUUCGUCAUCCGAACUCUCCUCCAUCAUGCCAUGAAGCCUUUAGGCCAACCUUACCUCACCACCGAUUUUGCUGUAUGUCUACCUCUUCUUCUCUCUUUCUUUCUUCUUCUGAUGAUUUCCAAAACUAAUCCAACUUGUUGUGUGUGGUACCAGAUAGGGCUGAUUCUAGGUAAUCUUCCCAAGUUUCGAGAGGCAUUCGCGGGGCCUUACUCGACUACUCUCAACAACAUUAUCGAGUUCGGAAUGAUCUGCCAUAUGUUCGUGAUGGGUCUAGAGAUGAAUCCAAGCGUCCUUCUCAGACCACCAACAAAAGACGCAUUCAUAGCAUACACAAGCAUCCUCACAACCUUUGUCCUUGCCUUUUUCACAACACCUUUCCUCCAUUACACCAAAACCGCUCCUUUCGUUUUCUCCCUCGCUCUUGCCCUCAUGGCCUCAAGCACCGGCUCACCUAUCCUCACCCGUGUCAUCUCCAAUCUCAAAAUCAGAAAAUCCGAUCUCGGAAAGCUCGCAUCAGCCGCUGGUGUCCACACCGAUAUGAUCUCAACCUUGUUUUAUUGCAUCGGAUUCAUUUUCUUCCCUACAGAGAAACCUCUCCCUCGUCCUCUCCAAAGAUUCUUCAGAGCCCUCCUCAUGUUUUGCCUCUUCCUUGCUCAAGUCACGUUCACUUCCAUUGUAUCCCCCAUCUUUCUUAACUGGGUCAACAAUGAGAACCCUGAAGGCAAACCACUUAAAGGCUCUCACCUCGUUAUGUCCCUAGCAUUUGUAGUCUUCAUCUGCAGUUUCCCAACUUGGCCACCUGAAUCAAUGUACAAUCCAAUCCUCAGCGCCUUCACGGCUGGUCUCUUCCUUCCAAACCAAGGAAGAAUGUCGAGAUGGAUCAUUAACAAAAUCAACUACUUGCUCAGCACGGUCUUCUACCCUAUCUUUUUCUUCUGGGUCGGAUUCAUUAUCCACAUGAGAAACUUUGACAUAGGAGAUAAAAUGGCGUAUGCAAGAUUCUUUGCCCUUCUUGCCACUGUCAUAAUCGGUAAAGUCAUUGGGACAGUCUUGUGUGGUCUAAUACUCGGAUAUCAUGUCCCGGAGACCGCAUCUCUUGGACUGCUUUUAACCACUAAAGGCCAUUUUCAUGUCUACUUGGCCGCCUUAGCCAUUCGGACAAACAGAGUGAAAAAUACGACCGGUGCAAUGAUGAUCUUCGUCAUAGUCCUCACAGUGGUCUACUCUCCAUUCGUGGUCAUGGACAUUAUUAAACGCGCUAGAAAGCGAGUGCCUGUGCACAUCAUGGCGCUUCAGUGGCUAGAUCCAACAACUGAACUUCGAGUUUUGAUCGGUCUUCAUGGUCCUCACAACAUUGGUUCCAGUCUCAACCUCAUGGAGAUCUGCCAUGGAGGACGUGAGCCAGGGUCCGUAUUCUACGCAACUGACAUGGUGGAGCUGACUGAUGAGAUUGCCGCCACACUGAAAAAGGGCGGAGGAGGGGGUCAGAGUAAUGAGUCAGUGACGAUAACAGACAGGUCGGUGACAGAGAUGCGGGAGAGUAUAACCGCGGCUGUGAAUGGGUAUGGGGAGCUCCGCAGUGGGCAAGGUGUGACAGUGCGGCGGAUGCUAGCGUUGUCAACGUUUAUGACCAUGGCACAUGACAUCUGCGGUUUGGCUGAUGAACUUAUGGUUUCCAUUAUUAUUCUACCAUUCCAUAAAAGAAGAAAUCCUGAUGGCAGCACUCUUGACUCUGGCCAUGCCGGGUUCCGUCAUGUGAACCGAAAGAUUCUGAAGAACGCACCGUGUUCAAUAGGAAUUCUCGUGGAUAGGUCGUUCGGGCAAACAGAAGAGGCAUGGCGACCAGGAGCAUCCAUGGACAUUGCUAUUAUAUUCAUAGGUGGCGGAGACGACCGAGAGGCACUAGCCUUUGCUGCACAAGUGGCUCGACACCCUGCUGUGAAGCUAAGCGUGAUACGUUUCUUGGAAGACAAGAGCUCUCAGAACGCACAAAAACGCAGCAGCAUCUUGAACAGAGCGAGUGUGGUAGAGCAAGAGGAGGAAAUGAAGCUUGAUGACGAGUGUUUUGCCGAGUUCUACGAAAGGUAUAUAGCUGGUGGAGGAGGAGUGUCUUACAUGGAGAAGCAUCUCACAAACUCUUCAGAGACUUUCACGGCACUUAAAUCACUGGAUGGGGAGUAUGGGCUGGUGAUUGUUGGAAGGGGAGGAGGAAGGGCUAGUAGCGCAUUAACCACUGGUCUCAACGACUGGCAGCAAUGUCCAGAGCUUGGUCCCAUAGGUGAUGUUCUUUCAGGCUCAGAUUUCUCCCACAACACAUCGAUGUUGAUUAUCCAGCAGCAGCGUACAAGAGGUCAGCUAGAAGGGCUUCAUGAUGAUUUCACCAUCCUGUGAAUAUAUCUGUUCAAAUGCAGAGCAGGCCAUAGAUAUUAAAAAAUACUCUGUACAAUAAAACGUUUUCGUAGAUAAGAUGGAUAUAAGACAAGGUAUU